AUGGCACCCCCAACCGGCACAAACCGAUCCCACGCAAUCCAAAUCGACGAAACAGACUCCGAACCCGACUCCGAGGACGGCGGCAUCGGCAUCCCCCUAGAAGAAGAAGACAGCAUGCAACUCGAUUCCCCAGCGGAAGAAGAAGAGGACGACUCCGACCAAGGCUCCUUCCUCCAACUCGCAGGCGGCGAGAUAGACUUCAUCGACUACGGCGCCGAGGGCAUGGGCGAUGGAAGAGACUUUCUCACAACUGCUCCGCAUCCAGAUAGCCGUCCUGUCCAGAUGAAUCCGGGUUUGCCUGCCGCCAUCGCCAGCGAUAUUGCGCGCCAUCGGGCUCGCACGCGGACUCGGGAGGAGGAACAUGCUGCGCUUUGCGUGUUGGAUGAUUGGGAACUUACAAUGACGCAUGCGCUCAAUUCUAGACGGACAAUCCCCCAAACAAGACGACGUUUCCAAGCAAAGAUGCUAGCCCCGACAAAUCCGCGUUUGGAAGAAGAUCUCUACGGCGCGCGCUUCACGGUCCCGGAAAUGCAGACUGAGCUUGUUCCUGCGGUUACGGCGCCGGGUCGGCGUGGUGUGAAGCAGGUUACGACUGGGUUGGGGAGUGGGACUGCGUUUUUGGUACCGGGGGCUUGGAAGGAGGUUGUUAGUCAUGAAGAGGAUUCUUGGUGGCCGGAGGGGAGGGCGAGACAGGUUGUUGGGGGCUCUGGGGGGUCUGGGAGGAAGAGGAAGAGUCUUGUUGCUGCUGGGAGUCGGUCUGUUUCACGGUCGGCUUCUGGGUCUGGGGCUAGUUCGAGGGUUGUUUCUAGGGGUGGUUCUAGGGCUGCGUCGAGGGGGUUGGAUUAG